AUGGCAAGUGAAAGGAAAGUUUGUAUAAUUGGAGCCGGACCUUGUGGUACCUCAGCAUUAUUCCACUUUGAUCAGAUCAAUGAUUCUACGACGGAAGUCAUCUGCUACGAGAAAAGCGACAAGUGGCUUGGACUUUGGAACUUAACAUGGAUGACUGGAACUGAUGAAUAUGGAGAACCUUGUCAUGGUGGCAUGUACAAACAUAUGUGGUCAAAUGGUCCUAAAGAAGGCCUUGAGUACCCGGAUUAUACAUUUACUGAUCACUUUGGAAAACCAAUACCAUCUUAUCCUCCACGACCGGUUAUAAGAGAUUACUUGGAAGGCAGGCUUGUCAAGAAAAGCAAAUCAGAUUUAAAGCAGUUUAUCAAAUGGACCACUGUCGUAAGAUAUGUGCGCUACAAUACAAAGUCAGAUGAUUUUACGGUUACAACAGAAGAUAUAAAGACGGGUCAUACUAACGACACCAAUUUCACUCACGUCAUAGUUGCAGUAGGCAUAUAUAAUUCCCCAGACAAACCAUACUUUGAAGGCAUAGAGACCUUUCCUGGUAGGAUAAUACAUUCACAUGACUUCCGUGAUGCUACACAGUUCAAAGGUCAGCGAGUGUUGGUUGUCGGGGCUAAGAAUUCUGCAGAGGAUAUUGCGUUGCAAUGUAUGAAAUUUGGCGCCAAAAAUAUUGUGACAUCUUAUAGAUCGAGCCCAUUGAAUUAUAAUUGGCCAGUUGGAAUUGAAGAAAGGCCUUUAGUCCAGAAAAUAGAUGGAAAAAUUGUACAUUUUCUUGACGGUAGUUUUACUGAAGUUGAUUCAAUUAUCCUGAGCACUGGCUACAAGUAUAUGUUCCCGUUCAUGGAGAACAAUUUACGACCUGUUUUAUCUAACAUUUUAUAUCCUGCUGGCUUAUACAAGGGUUCACUUUGGUUACAGGGAGGUAACAGGAAACUGUUUUACAUGGGAGUCCAGCACCACUGUUUCACCUUCACAAUGUUUGAUGCCCAGGGGCUCUGGAUAUGUAGGUAUAUAACGGACACGUUAUCAAACAAAGUAAAGAGCUAUGAAGAAAUGAAGAAAGAAGAGCAAAAAUGGUUAAAGAGAUGCAACAGCCUAAAAGACAUCCAUGAACAGAUAGACUUUCAGGCUGAUUUUAUCAAAGAUCUGAGCGACGGAACCGAAUAUUCAUCCGAUGCGCCUAAGGCAAAAGAUUUUUUUCACAAGUGGGCAUGUGAUAAAAGAGCGAAUAUUGUUACUUACAGGGACCAGCAAUACAAAUCGCUUUAUUCUGGUACUGAAACAGUUCCCUGCAGUAAACCGUGGUUUCAAAAUUUUGACGAUUCACUAAACUCAUUUGUCAAUAGAUAGACUAAAUAAUUCUGACAUGCAAUAUGCUUAAUUGUAGCACCAUAUGCAUAUCAGCUAAGCUCAAGGAUUUCUAUUUUUUGGAAUGAAACAAUGUUAUGCUGUACUAUUGAGGCUCGAAUAUUAUGUUUUUGUGAUAAACGCCA